AUGUCUCAUAGCAUAUUUGACUUUGAUAAUAAAUUUAAAUUAUUAUCAUUAUCAUUUAUAUCUAAUAUCAAAACACUCAUUUACUAUCUGCUAUCUAUUAUUAUUGCACCAUUUCUUUUUAUAUCAAAUUUAGCAUUUAAUUAUUUCUUAAAGACUAUAGGAUUGUAUAGGGAAAAGUAUGGAAACUAACAUUAAUUAUCACUUAUUUUGGGAAUAGAUUAUUCUAACACAUUAUUUUAGAAACUAAAAAAAUCAAAUACUAAUACCAAGCAAUAUUAAUUUUAAUCCCAUAGAUUAAAAAAUCAAGAAUCAAAAAAUAAUUUUUAUGUAGUUUCAUGUCCUUUCUUAAAUAUGAAAGAAUCUAUUGAAGAGAGAGAAAAAUGUAUUGAAAUUUAUUAAAAAUUUUUUAAAAGAGAGGCACUUCUUAAAAGUCAAAUUAAAUGUUUAUUAUUAGCUGUUGAUUAUCAAAGGAAUGAUUUAAUGAAAAAUUGUUUAUAUGAUGUUGCCAAAUGGUUCUAAAAAUAUAGAGAUUUAAUUGUAAUUUUAGUUACUUCAUUUGAAAAAGCAGAAGAUAAAACAUCUAGUAGGAAUGAACUAACUAGAGUUUUUUCAUAGUUAUUACAAGAUGAUGAAAAAAGGUUAAUUUUAGUAUCAUCUGAAGAUGAUUCCAAUCAAUUAAAUAUGCAAUUUCUAAAAGUUGCUCAACAUGUAAACUAAAAUUCAGAGUUUACUCCAAAAGACACAAUAUUUGAGGAAUUAGAAGAAGAGGAAUCAAAUCAGUUAUUAUAAUAAUUAUAAUUAACAAAAUUAAAUUAAAAUAGAUGA